AUGCGGUCCUUCUUCUACCAUUUGAAGUUUGAGCUCUAUCCCACCUCCAGCCCCGCGACAGGUGACGCGACGAAGACCAAAGGGAAAGCUCAAGCAGCAGCAGUGUUUGACAAGGAUCUUUGGCUUCCUCCGAAAGGCGCCGACAUCUUUGCCGAACUUCCUGUACAUUCAAAGAAGAAAUCCAGACAAGCGAAUCUCUCAUACCGACCGCAGCCUUCGCCACUGCAGUCAUUCGAAUCACCUUACCCCGCCGAUACCUACAGGUCGAGUACACUGCGAGCGCCGACCGAGAGUCCGAGUCCCAACCUAAUCGACUGUGGUCCUUCAAGAGCACUAGUCAAGGAGGAUAGUGGCAGCAACAUCGAGAGACUAUCAGAGAGGCAGUGGAGGGCGCGCACGCAGAGCUUCCCUCCUCCACCUUCAUCGGCUGCACUACGACCAGAGGCGGCCGUCAGGGACUGGCGUUUCGGGCGAGUGAGCAUCGAGAGUAUUGACGUGGACCUGGAAAGCGACGCGCAUACGAACCAGAUGGCGACUGAGGCGGCGAGCUCUGCGGCAGACUUGGGCGUCGGUCCGACGUUUGGCGGCACAGGGAAGUCCACCAAGGCGAAGUACGUUCCGCUGGAGACGAAAAACACAGAGGUCGGCUGGGGAGUGGUGCAUUUCUAUCGCGAAGAGGAGGACACGCCUGGACUGGGACUGCCGCCUUCAGAAGACGAGGGCGUCGAGGCGGAGGAAUGUACGACUCUGUGCAUACCCGCGGUUCCCAGUUACCUUAGUCCGGGCGACUUCCUUGGAUAUGUUGGUGAGAAAUGGAGGGACGACAUCAGCCACUACAGGAUGGUCAUGACGGCCAGGAUGAACCGGUACCUCGUGCUACUGAAGUUCAGGAACAGCAAGAGGGCGCGCGAGUGGCAGAAGGAGUUUAACGGAAAGGUGUUCAACAGCAUGGAGGCGCAAGUUUGCCAUGUCGUCUUUGUCAAAUCGAUCACAUUCGAGACGCCCACGAGGGAAAAUCGCACGUUUCCCGACCUCAACCACGAUCCCUUUACACCUUCCUCCUCCUCGGUCGCUGCCUCAAGCAGCUUGAAGCCCUUCCCCCCGCCAACACCGAGUCUCGUCGAACUGCCGACCUGUCCAGUGUGUCUCGAACGCAUGGACGACACAACUGGGCUGAUGACCAUUCCCUGCCAACACGUCUUUCACUGCACUUGUCUGCAAAACUGGAAAGGCUCAGGAUGCCCGGUCUGCCGUCAUACAAACCCUGAGACGGCCUACGACCCGUCGAACCCGUAUACUCAGCCGUUCGGAUCAUCAGUGUCGAACCUCUGCAGUGUGUGCGAUUCCACAGAUGAUCUGUGGAUCUGCCUCAUUUGCGGCAACGUGGGCUGCGGCCGGUAUAAGGGCGGCCACGCCAAGGACCACUGGAAGGAGACAGCACAUAGCUUCGCCUUGGAGCUGGAGACGCAGCAUGUGUGGGACUACGCCGGCGACACCUGGGUCCACCGUCUGAUUCGCGACAAGGGGGAUGGCAAGGUCGUCGAGCUUCCAGGGAGCAACGGGCAUCACCACAGCCCUGAGGGCGGGUACGAGGAUACCGUCCCGCGAGCAAAGCUGGAUAACAUCGGUCUAGAGUACACGCAUCUCCUGACGAGUCAACUCGAGUCACAGCGGGUGUACUUUGAGGAAAUGCUGAGCAAAGUAGCAGACAAGGCCUCCAAGGCCGCCGCGACCGCCGAGUCCGCCUCGACGCAGGCCGCCGCAGCGUUGGAAGAGAACGCGACCCUCAAAGCAGAGCUCACCCGCCUUCGAACGCAGGUCAUCCCCCAGCUCGAGCGCGACGCGGAGCGGGACCGCAACAAGGCCACCAAAGCCCAGGAGCUUGCCCGCAACAUGGGAAAGGCCCUGCAGGAGGAGAAGCAGGUUACGCAGGGGCUGAUGAAGCGCGUGGAGCAUAACAACGCCGAGGUCGAGGCGCUCCGGAAGAAGGACGAGGAGUACAAGGCGCAGAUUGCGGAGCUGGAGGAGAUGAAUCGCGACCUGAGCAUGUUCAUCUCGGGCCAGGAGAAGCUCAAGGAGCUGGAGAGCGAAGGAAAGGUCGGGGCUGGGGAGGUUGCGGAGGGGAGCGUCAGUGUUCCUGAGAGGAAGGGGAAGCGGAGGGCAAAGAAGUGA